UGACUCCAAAACGAAAGAGGUUGCUCGGGGGGCUUCCCUGGUGGCGCAGUGGUUGAGAGUCCGCCUGGCGAUGCAGGGGGCACGGGUUCGUGCCCCGGUCCGGGAGAAUCCCACAUGCCGCGGAGCGGCUGGGCCCGUGAGCCAUGGCCGCUGGGCGUGCGCGACCAGAGCCUGUGCUCCGCAACGGGAGAGACCUCAACAGUGAGAGACCCGCGUACCGCCAAAAAAAAAAAAAAAAAAGGCUGCUCGGUGCCCCCAUGGCAGGCUCGGAAGAGCUGGGGCUCCGAGAGGACACGCUGAGAGUCCUAGCUGCCUUCCUAAGGCGGGGUGAGGCUGCGGGGUCUCCCAUUCCGACCCCACCCAGGAGCCCUGCCCAAGAGGAGCAAACAGACUUCCUGAGCCGCCUUCGAAGAUGUCUUCCCUGCUCCCUGCGGCGAGGAGCAGUUCCCCCUGAGUCCCCUCGGCCUUGCUCCCUGCCCCUCCAGCCAUGCUAUGGUUCAGAGCCUGGCCCAGCUACUCCAGAUUUCUAUGCCCUGGUGGCCCAGCGGCUGGAACAGCUGGUCCAAGAGCAACUGAAAUCCCCACCUAGCCCAGAAUUACAGGGUCACGCACCCACAGAGAAGGAAGCCCUGCUGCGAAAGCUGGUGGCCUUGCUUGAGGAAGAGGCAGAAGUCAUCAACCAGAAGCUGGCCUCAGACCCCGCCCUGCGGCGCAAGCUGGCCCGCCUCUCCGCCGGUUCCUUCAGCCGCCUAGUGGAGCUCUUCUCUAGCCGGGAGGGCAACCCUCGCCCAAGCCAAGCACGCCCCUCGCUGCCGUGCCCCGGGCCCCCACCACCUUCCCCGGAGCCUCUGGCCCGUCUGGCCCUGGCCAUGGAGCUGAGCCGGCGCGUGGCCAGGCUGGGGGGCACCCUGGCCGGUCUCAGCGUAGAGCACGUGCACAGCUUUGCGCCCUGGAUCCAGGCCCACGGGGGCUGGGGGGGCAUCCUGGCAGUUUCACCUGUGGACUUGAACUUACCCCUGGACUGAGCUUUUCCUCAGAAGCUGCUACAAGAUUGGACCUCAUGUCCCUGCACUCUUUUUCCAAGCUUUCCUAUUCCACUCAGGGCUGUG